UUUGUAUUGUCGUACAGAAUUGAAAUUAUUGGGCCCAAUUGAAAGCCCAUUAAGGAAAAGCCCUGGCCCAGUGGAAACUUCUCAUUGUUGUAGAUGAGUCAUCAGUCACAUGAGACCACCAGUUCUUUUCUCGUAAGAAACCAAACUCCGGCAUAGAAAGAAUCACAGCAUCACCCCAACAAAACGCCAUUAAAGAAAGCUUCGAAGACACACAGAGAGAUAGAAAGAAAGCUUCGAAGAUAGAGAGGGAAACAGGAGAAAGCUAUGGGUGUUGAUUACUACAAGGUUCUUCAGGUUGAUAGGAGCGCUAAAGACGAUGACUUGAAGAAAGCUUAUAGAAAGCUCGCCAUGAAGUGGCACCCUGAUAAAAAUCCUUCCAAUAAGAAAGAAGCUGAGGCUAAAUUCAAGCAAAUAUCUGAGGCUUACGAUGUUCUAAGUGAUCCGCAAAAGCGAGCAGUGUACGAUCAGUACGGUGAGGAGGGUUUGAAGGGACAAGUUCCACCGCCAGGUGCCGGAGGGUUUUCUAGCGGACAAGAGGGUGGUCCGACAAUGUUCCGGUUCAAUACUCGUAGUCCCGACGAUAUAUUCUCGGAGUUCUUCGGUUUUUCUGGUUUUGGGGGAAUGGGAGAUAUGGGUGGGUCUAGGGCCGGUGGUGGUGGACCUGCUUUCUCGAGGAGUAUGUUUGGUGAAGAUAUUUUCGCAUCUUUUAGGGGUGGAGGUGGGGAGGCCUCCAUGAAUGCUCCGAGGAAAGCUCAGGCUAUAGAGCGAACAUUGUCUUGUACUUUGGAGGAUUUGUAUAAGGGAACCACAAAGAAGAUGAAGAUUUCUAGGGAUGUUACAGAUUCCACUGGAAGACCAAAUACAGUGGAGGAAAUUCUAACAAUAGAGAUCAAGCCUGGUUGGAAGAAAGGAACUAAAAUAACUUUUCCCGAGAAAGGAAACGAACAACGAGGAUUUAUACCAGCAGAUCUUGUAUUCAUCAUCGACGAAAAGCCUCAUGGAAUGUUCAAGAGGGAUGGCAAUGAUCUUGUUCUAACUCAGAAGAUAUCUCUGGUGGAAGCUCUUACAGGUUACACAGUGCAGCUGACUACCCUCGACGGUCGAAGUCUGACAAUCCCGAUCAACUCUAUUGUCAGUCCCACUUAUGAAGAAGUGGUUAAAGGGGAGGGAAUGCCUAUUCCUAAAGAACCCACCAAAAAGGGAAACUUGAGAAUCAAAUUCAACAUCAAAUUUCCUUCCAGGCUUACUUCAGACCAAAAAUCUGGCAUCAAGCGGUUACUAUCUUCAUAAAAAUAAAAACCAUGGUGGCGGUACUUCCGUUACGAUCUUUUAUAUUUGUGCUCUGUUUGCAUUUGUUUUAUUUGGUAGUUUAUAUUCUGGAAAGUUAAGUUAUGCUCUAUGAAAUCUAAUCUGGAGAUUUGAACAGAAAUUGUGUAGGAAUCAUGCAUUUAUUUAUUGUGACCAAUUCUCUUUUUUUGACAAAGAAAAAAAAAGGUAGAAGAAGCAUUGACAUGUCA